AUGUCUAGCCAAAUACCGGCGCAUCGCUUUGGGGAAAUUCCAGGAGCACCUGUGGGGACGACAUGGGCGACUCGCAAAGAAUGUCAUAAUGCCGGCGUGCAUGUCCAAUUGGAGCCUGGUAUACAUGGCACUAAGGAAAUGGGCGCAUUCUCGAUUGUCGUCUCGGGUCAAUACAAAGAUGACAAGGAUGAGGGGGACAAGAUCUUUUAUACAGGUUCAGGGGGUCACGAGCCCGGUGAUCGUACGCGCGAGCAGGUCCGUGACCAGGAAUGGACGGAUUUUGGAAACGAAGCACUUCUUAAAUCUUCCGAAACAGGCAACCCCGUGCGAGUCAUUCGGGGCUACGAGCUCGAAUCCGAAUUUGCGCCCUGGGAAGGCUUUCGGUAUGAUGGCUUGUACAUUUGUACACGUGCGUGGCAAGAAAAGAACAGAGACGGACAUUAUGUCAUCUGUCGUUUCCUUAUGGAGGCAAGUUUCCUAAUGAGAGUUCCAGGUCAAUUACCCUUACGCCGUCGUUCAACGACUUUCCCCCGUUACAAGCUAUUACCAGGCGAAGUCGUGCAGCCGCCAGCGCCAAUGCCGCCCCCAGUAACUCCCCGUCAAAGAAUCAUGCAGCAGUUUGGGGCCUUGGUAGAUGAUGAUCAACGAACUCACGGCCCCUCGAAAGAGCUCCACCGUUGA